UAGUACCUACCAGCACUUGAAUGCGGCAUAGGUCAGAUAACGGAUCACUGCAGCAGAGCAGGGACUGUUUGUAAUAAACGUCGUGCUUUCCCGGAAGCUCAAUUUUAAACAUAAGAGAAACACUUUCAGUUUCAAUAUUAUCGCGGAUCUGUUUUGCCUUCCAACGCAGACCACAGACUGAACAACAACCGCACUGUACAGCGUUGCGGAGUGUUUCUAUAGGACAUCAUCAUGGCAGGCCAGACAGUAUCCAUGAAGGAACCAGUAUGUCUGAUUGAGAACGACAGUGAUGGGAAGCUGCGUGUGGUCCGCAGUGCACUGGACAUCCUGGACCAGAUUGACCAGCAUGUGGUAGUGGUGGCGGUGGUCGGGCUGUACCGCACCGGCAAGUCCUACCUCAUGAACAAGCUGGCUGGGGAGAGGAAAGGUUUUGCCCUUGGAGCCACCAUCCAGUCCAAAACUAAGGGCAUCUGGAUGUGGUGUGUGCCUCAUCCUGAAAAAGGAGACCACACCCUGGUGCUGCUGGAUACAGAGGGGCUGGGGGAUGUGGAGAAGGGUGAUGAGAAGAAUGACAACUGGAUCUUUUCCCUGGCUGUCCUGCUCAGCAGUACUCUGGUGUACAACAGCCUGGGAACCAUCGACAACAACGCCCUGGAGAAACUACACUAUGUGACAGAACUGACAGAGCACAUCAAGGUGAAGUCCAACCAGCGAGACGGGGAGGAAUCUUCAGAGUACCUGCGUUACUUUCCUUCCUUUGUGUGGACAGUCAGAGAUUUCACCCUGACCCUGGAGGUUGAUGGAAUACCCAUCACAGCCAAUGAGUACCUGGAGAACGCUCUUAAACUGAAAACAGGUCAUAGUAAGAAAGAUCAGACAUACAACCUGCCUCGUAGCUGCCUGCGGAACUAUUUCUCUCCUCGCUGGUGCUUUGUGUUUGAGAGGCCAGCCAGCAGAGACAAAAUGAGACGUAUGGAGGAGCUGACCGAUGCUGACCUGGAGCCCUCCUUUGUGGAGCAAGCCAAGGAGUUCUGUGACCAUGUCUUCAAGGAGGCCAAGACCAAGACCCUGAAACAGGGCCUGAAAGUUACUGGCAGACUGCUGGGGAACCUGGCAGAGACUUAUGUGUCUGCCAUCCGGAGUGGGCAGAUCCCCUGCCUGGACAACGCUGUGUUGGCGCUGGCCCAGAUUGAGAACUCCAGUGCCAUCGAGAGGGCCAGGGCCCACUACCAGAGGGGCAUGGCUGACUGGGUGGCCUACCCCACAGAGACCCAAGAGGAGCUGUCUGAAGUGCAUGCUGUCAUGGAGAAGGAGGCUGUGGCCAUAUUCAUCAACAGCUCCUUUAAAGACGAGGACCAGAAGUACCAGUUGGAGCUCAUGAAAGUGCUUCAGGAGGAGUACGAGAAGAUCUGUGAGAGGAACUACAAGGAGUCCCAGAAGGCAUGCAAGUCCAAAAUUGAAUGCAUCUUUGCCCCUCUAGAGGAGCAAAUAAGGGAUGGCUCCUACAUGACCUCUGGAGGAUACAAAAAGUACUGCAAUGAUCUGAAACUGGCCACCAGCGAAUACAGAUCUGAGGGAGGCAGGGGAGUGAAGGCUGAAGAGGUACUGAAGGAGUACUUGGAAAGGAAGGCCAGCAUUGGUCAGGCCAUCCUGUCAGCAGACCAGUCCCUCAGUGAAGCUGAGCAGAGAGCAGAAGCGGAGAAAGCGAAAAGGGAAGCAUCUGAACGGGAGAAUCGCGCCAUGGAAGAGCAGCUGGAAGUCCAGGAGAAGUUGAGAGUGGACCAGCAGAGGACAUAUGAGGAGAAUGUGAACCAGCUGAUGGAGAGGAUGAAGAGAGACAGUAGAAAUGCCAUAGCAGAGCAUGAUAGAGUUCUGCAGGCCAGACUCAGGGAGCAGAACGACCUUCUCCAGCAAGGGUUUGAUGACCGAGCACACCAAAUGCAAAGAGAGAUAGAUGCCCUUAAGGGUGCGAAGGCAGAAGAGGAACAGAAAACCCCCUCAUUUAUGAGCACAGCUCUGGAUACUGUUGGGACUGCAGCUACCUUGUUCCUUCCAGGAAUAAUUCCCAAAGUAGGAGGAAUGGCUGUGAAAUGGUUGUCAAAGUGGUUCUGAUGUUGGUGCUCGAGGAGGAUGAUGAGCUGUUAUUCUUAUAGACAUGUGGAUUGACUGAAUUGGUAUUUAUUGAUAGUUGAUUCAUUGAUUUAGGUUAAGCACUCAGUCAAGGUUUUUCAUUUUCAUAAAUAAUUUGCAUGCCUAAUCAUGACGAAGUAAAGCUUUUAGAAAGCACGCUUAAAAAUGGUUUUGCACAGGCUCAGUUUCGCAUAUCAUUGGUGUUGUGUGAUGAUGUUUUCAUCUGAUUGUCAAACAAAUCACUUCAAAAUGUAGGCUACCUGCGCAUUUCACUCCACCAUGAUAAUGUAUUUCGCUGAUACUCCGUACUGGACCAUAUAGUCUACUGGCUACUUUCACUCCUAAUUUAGAUGAGUUUCUGCUUAUAAUCUUUGACAUUUGGUAGGCCAUAUUAUAAUUUCUGAGAUUUGGUAGGCCAUUUGUUUGUGAACUAUAGUUAGAUACAUGCAGCUUCUGGUCUGUCAUACCUUUUUGCCCCAGAAGACCAAAUAAAGUAGUGCUCACCAGAAUAAUGUCUUAAUCGAUAGAAUGAAUGCAUUAUGAAUGUAUUUAACACCGGUAUAGUUGUCUGUUUUGUUUAGGGACCGGGGAGAAAACGCAAUAACUCCAAAACAGUGGAAAGAUUGGUCCUGUGCAAAAUGUCCAAAUGUCAUCAGUUUGAGAAAAUGAUAAAACAUGUUUCCGAUAAGACUUUACUUCGUCUUCGAUUGCAUAUUUAAUGUAUUUGAAAUGCUGUCUGUUUGUCGUAAGUGUCAUAACAGCGCAUUCACAUUUUCUCAAGAGAUGCUGAAAGAAAUAUUUCUCCACAUCCUGUUCCCAAGACAAAAUGUACAUUUGUAUUAUUAUACUGCAAGAAAUUGAUAAUUCUGCAUGAGUUAAUAUUAUAUUACGCUACAUGAGCGGUUAUAGGCCUGCAGUCAGUGUCCAUAUUUCAGUUACUAUUUCAUUUAUCCCAAAUGAAAAUAUUAUUUUUAUUCCAUGGGCACAGGGAUACUCGGGAGCUGGAUAUCAAAGGUGCAUGUAAACAGCUUAUCCCGAAUAAGACCAUAAGCGAGAUAUGAGCUAGUAUCCGGAAUACUGUGCCUAUGUAAACAUGUGCGGUGCCUAUAUUAUCUAUUGAGUGCCUUUGUUAAUGCACCAGACGUGCUAGGUUUUAGUACGUUGGGAUGUUUGUAAUUACCCUUGGCUUUAUUUUUGUACCUGUGAGGGAACAUUUUGUUGUCUGAAGAGAUAGCAUUGAAUUGUACACAGCAUCUCCUCUCACUCAAUCUUGGUUCGUGCAGGUGACUGUGACCUCCUCCUCAGACCAAUUGACAGUAUGCCCAGAACAUUGUUCUGCGAUCCAAAAGGAGUAUCUCAGUUUCAAGGUCUCAGCUUGGAGAGAAGACUUCUCGUCAGUCACAUGCAGGAACCAACGUUGAUAAUGAAUAAUGUAAAUCAUGCUUAUAUGACUUGUGUGGCAGUAUAUAAGGACUGAGAGGGAAUGCCCUUUUCAGAGUUUUUAUCAAGCUUGAUUUUAGUUUGAACCUCUCCAACCGUGAUAAUAAAAAUGGAUUAAUUGA